AUGUCUGAAAGGCCGGAGAGUAUACAAGGCAGCAAUGUGGAGAGUCAAUCGUCCACUGUCUCGCAGGGAGGUCAGAGGAGAGCGAGGUCGGAAUUUGAGGGUGACACAGAUCACUCCUCUGCGACUCGCAGAAGAUUGGAGGAAAUUUAUCGACCACAGUGGACCAUGAGCAGCAGCCUUGAAGAAAUCCUGCUGGGUGGAAGCACUCUCAGGACCGACAUGAUGCUGAACGAUUUCCUUCGGAGCAACUUGGGCGGCAGGGGCGUUGUGGACACCAAUGAGAACGUCGCUAUGGAGAUUUUUGUCUUGAGACCCACGAUGUUUAUUAACGACAAUGAAAUAUUGGGCUUAAUAACGGCAUCGCCGUCAUACAGAGAGCUGGAGGAAAGGAAAACACUACUGGAGGCUAUUAAUAAGCUUAAUGACAAGGGUGUGGUCUCUCUCGGGCAAUGGAGGGGCUUUAAAAGUAAGAAUACGAUCACUCCUUUUGCAAGGGGAAAACUAAACGAAGCAAUCACCCAGGUACAGACAGCGGAAAGUAGUGAGGUAAACGAAAGAAUGAGUCGUAAGGAAGAAGAAAGGCGAAGACGAGCGCUAGAAAUGAAAUUUACCAUUUCCACUACGAUCGAAGAGGUACUGUUUAAAGGGGAAUUUCGCUACAAGGAUAUGAACCUUAACGAUUUUCUUCUGAUGAGAUUUGGCGGCAGGGGCAUUAUUGCGACCAGUGAGAAUGUCUUGCUGGAGGAGUUUUUCAAGGAUCCCGCGAAGUAUAUCCGUGAUAAAGGAGUAUUGAACGAAAUAAAGACAACAGAUGCUUAUUUGAGUAUUGAGGGGGUUGUAAGGGAGGAAAUGGAUAAGGGGGAAGAUGUACGCAAGCUUAAACAGGCUGGUGUGUACAAUUUACAAAAAUGGUCCGAAGCUACUGCGCAGGUAAAAGAAAGUGUUCAUGAGAUCACUAAAAGUUUUUUGGAUGCAGCCCUUGAGGAGGCGAAGAAACCAACAAUGACGAGUGCACCGAUAAAAAUGGAGGGAUGCUACGAGUCUGUGUACAAUUCGAGGUGGAGCCAUGUCGUGGAAGUUGUUGGCGGCAAGGGGACGGUAAUGAAGGUGAAGGAGGGGAAGCCAGAAAAGUCAUGGACGUACAGGGCAGUUGGCCGAACUCUCGAAAGGAAUGACGGUUUGCAGCAAUCCGGUGAAGUACCUCCCAGGCUGAUGGUGCUCGCCUCGGAGAAGGGAUGGCCGUACUCGUGGAAUGUGCUGCAUGGGACUGGCAAUGACUUGUGUGUUAACUGUGAGGUGGAGCGAGUGUGGCAGAUCGUCCUUGACGAUAUAACCAAGUGGUUCAGCAAUUUUGAUUUGACUCUCAAUCCUUCACCUUUGCCGCGUGUGUUGAUUGGGACGCCCGGGAUCGGGAAGUCGGUGAAUGCCGGCUCGUACCUCCUCUACCAGCUGCUGCACUACGAUGUGGAGAAACUCCAAGUGGUUGCUUACUGUUUUGGAAUCACGAUGUACGUGUUUGACAAGGCCAACAGGACGGUGACAAAAUACGUGGGUAACAAAACAUCGAGGAGUGUUUUGGAUGGUUUGUGGCAGCGUGGGAUGAAGGGGUAUAUUAUUUACGAUGUGGCAAAGGAAGGAACACCGCCCGACCCAGAUUUUGCGCCCUCUCGUGGAUGGGGCAUGAUUGUGGUGUCAUCGCCAAAGGUAAGCAACUAUGCUAAAUGGGCGACGCAAGUAAGAGCCAGUCGAAUCAUCAUGAAUUGUCCUGAGAAAGAUGAUGUAAAGGCGAUGUGUGCAUGGAUGAAGCGAGGUCUGAAACCAGAUAAGCAAGCGGGAUACUGGGAGAUGGUUGAAAAACACAUGAAGAAUGUGGGGCCGAUUCCGCGUCACAUCUUUGAUGAGGGAAGUUAUAUUGAUCGCAUGGAUGCCGUUAAUGAUGCCUUGUUAGCGAUCAAAGAUACUGAUGUUGAAGAGUACUUUACCCUGGGAGGAGAAGAGAAAAAAUGGUAUUCUGAGUAUCCGUGUCACAAACUUGUGAAGAUCGUCCGGGCAAGAAAAGUUGAAGGUGCUGAGGGAUUUUUCAACGCACCGAUAUGUACUGAUAUCGAGUUUCGAAUUGCGGACCGUUUGGCAGAGAAAAAGGGUGCGAAGGAUUUUUUAUUGCUAAUACUGGCAUCGCAUGGUACUCUUGUUUCCCAACUUCUGGAAAAAUUAGGUUUGCGCGCCUUCAUUUAUGGGGAGUUUGUCAUUGCAUUAUUAAAGGAACUCAAGGAGCUGCCGCCACCAUCACCUUCCGAACCACAGGAUUCAGUGCUGAAAAUAAGCCAUCAAGGGUACCCCACGCGCACCGUUGGAUUAAAGGAACUGGAAGGCGGUGUCACGAGGAUUCCGAUGGAGUACGGGGUGCUGUACAUACCGGCGGUCCAAAACUUUCCGCUGGUGGACGGCUUUUUCUUUGUUGAUUCGCCGCGGAGGACGUUGGUUGCGCUGCAGAUGACUACGGCGAGUGCGCAUCACACCACCGCCACCACUGUGAGGCAGUUCAUUGAGUGUAUGGCGGCUUAUUUUGAAGGAUGGGACGAAUUAUCACAAGACAUGUCGUGGGAUAUUAUUUAUAUACAACACGCAGACAGCACGCCGAUGAAAAAAUGGCAGAGAUGUGAUGUCGUCAAUUCCAAUAAUGUGAGCCGCGCUGAAAACCGAGAGAUUGUGGUGUUCUGGGAGGAAGAGGUGCACCAGUACCUAGCAGCAAUAUCGUCGGACGAUGCCAGAAGGGACGAAGCUCUCCGAAGUGGGGAACAACCACCGAAAUGGUAA